AUGGUAGCCUUGGGAUGUUCUGUAGGCCUUAUGUUGCCACCCCUGCAUAAAAAGUUUUCUGUGACAUCUGUCAUGGUUGCAUCAAGCGUUCUAGCAUCACUUGGCUUAAUGGCAUCAGGAUUUGCGCCUAAUAUAGCAUGGAUUUCUGUCACGCUAGGUGUGAUUCACGGGUUUGGGGCCGGCACAACUUACAUGUCGGGCAACCUCCUUACGAUGAUGUAUUUCGACAAGCUCAGGGGCGUGGCCCUGGGCUUCACGUCCGUCGGAUUGACACUGGCCGGGAUGGUUUUCCCACGCUUACUUUCAGCCUUGAAGGACUCCUACGGGUUCAGCGGCAGUUUCUUUAUAUGGGGAGCUCUGAUAAUGAACCUAAUCCCACUUGCGUGUUCACUUAAGGUGCCGCCCUGGCACACCCCUACAAAACGUGGCCACAGUUCGGCUCCGAGUAAUUCCCUCGUCACCUCCAAUGAAGUUAAUGGCAGUCUUAAAUACAGCACAGAUCGCUGCGGAAACAGUGAUAGCCCAAGGAGUCCGAACCCCGGUUUCUGGAAGUCAGUAAUAGACGUCACUCGGAAUCCAAUCUUUUACGUGCUCUUGCUAUCUGCGGCAAUCUUCUACGCUGUCGAGUACGUUAUCUUUACGACGAUCGUCGAUUAUGCGGUGGAUAAUGGGUGCGUUUGUUUGCCCCUGUUGGCUGAUAAGGGACUUUUACCCAGAAAUGUGUUGCUCACUCUGUGUUUGCUUCUAAUGGCGACGUCCCUCUUGGUUCUUCCGUAUGCGGUUGAUUUUUGGAUGAUUGUGGUCGUGUGCACCUGUAUGGCAGCUGGCUACGGCAGUACUUACGUGAUGCACGAUGUCUUGCUGGUCGACUACUUUGGAGUGGAGCAACUCGUCGCCCUGUACGGCAUCAUGGGUGUCGCGAAGGCUCCGCUUUUGCUUCUGACACCGAGCUUCAUAGGAAUAUUCAGAGACACUCAAGGUUCCUACGAUAACCUCUACCGUCUUGAAGGCGGCCUACUUAUGUUUGCCGGGCGAGUCUGCGGUUAUUGUCAUGACUAA